AGUCUUCUCUAUGUCUUCUCUAUAGUCAGCCUGCAUUUUAUUAUACAUUUUGACUAUAUUUUGUAAUGCUGAUCCCUCCAUCAAUAUGACAACAUGAGCACAAGGCGACUGGGGCCGAUGGAUUGAGCGCAGAAAAGUUCCUGGAUUAGCGGGAGCGGUGGCACAAACGCGGGGACGGCACUUCUGCGGCAGCCAGCGGCAGCGUGGAGAGGGAGAGACUGAGGGGUGCGGAGCCACACGCCAGCCCCAGCAGCUCACAUCCCCGGCGGACUGGAAGAGACCGAGAGCGAGAGAGAGCCAGAGAGAGAGAGAGAGAGAGAGAGAGAGGAGAGGAAAACGGCAAGGGCUCGGACACCGCAUCCUCACAGAAAAGCUGCCUCUGGCGGGAAAAAGCCACUGAGCAAUGGCGGAGAAACAGUUUGCGGGGAUACUGAAUGGAGCUGUUCCCGGAGAGCCAGUGAAGAGAGAUGAGAACUCGCGGCGAGGAAACUGGGGGAACCAAAUCGAGUUUGUCCUCACCAGCGUGGGCUAUGCGGUGGGACUUGGCAACGUGUGGAGGUUCCCCUAUCUCUGCUACAGAAAUGGAGGCGGUGCCUUCAUGUUCCCGUACUUCAUCAUGCUGGUGUUCUGCGGCAUACCCCUCUUCUUCCUCGAGCUCUCCUUCGGACAGUUCGCCAGCCUGGGGUGCCUGGGGGUGUGGAAGGUCAGCCCCAUGUUCAAAGGGGUAGGCUAUGGCAUGAUGGUGGUGUCCACCUACAUUGGGAUCUACUACAACGUGGUCAUCUGCAUCGCCUUCUACUACUUCUUCAUGUCCAUGACCAACCUGCUGCCCUGGACCUACUGCAACAACCCCUGGAACACGGCGGACUGCAGCGGGGUGGUGGGGCCGUCACGCAUCAACAGCUCCCUGGCCAACGCCUCGGCCGUCAUAUCUGGUGUCACCGAGCUGGUCAACCGCACCAAGAGGACCAGCCCCAGCGAAGAGUACUGGAAACACAAAGUGCUGAACAUCUCGGACGACAUCGGAAAUUUCGGGGAGGUGCGCCUCCCCAUUCUGGGUUGCCUGGCAGUGUCGUGGGUGGUGGUGUUCCUCUGCCUCAUUAGGGGAGUCAAGUCCUCUGGCAAGGUGGUGUACUUCACUGCCACCUUUCCCUACGUGGUGCUGACCAUCCUCUUCAUCAGAGGCAUCACUCUGGAUGGGGCCAUCAAUGGCAUCGCCUACUACCUGACCCCUCAGUGGCAAAAGAUCCUCGACGCCAAGGUUUGGGGAGACGCCGCCUCUCAGAUCUUCUACUCUUUGGGCUGUGCCUGGGGAGGCCUCAUCACCAUGGCAUCCUACAACAAGUUCCACAACAACUGCUACCGAGACAGCAUCAUCAUCAGCAUCACCAACUGCGCUACCAGUGUGUACGCGGGCUUCGUCAUCUUCUCCAUCCUGGGCUUCAUGGCGCACCACCUGGGCGUGGACGUGUCCGAGGUGGCCGACCACGGGCCCGGACUGGCCUUCGUGGCCUACCCAGAGGCCCUCACUCUGCUGCCCAUCUCCCCUCUCUGGUCCCUCCUCUUCUUCUUCAUGCUCAUCCUUCUGGGCCUGGGCACGCAGUUCUGUCUGUUGGAGACCCUGGUCACUGCCAUUGUAGAUGAAAUCGGGACAGACUGGAUCAUCAGGAACAAGACAGUGGUCACAUUGGGAGUGGCUGUUGUAGGCUUUCUCCUGGGAGUGCCACUGACCACUCAGGCUGGGAUCUAUUGGUUGCUGCUAAUGGAUAACUACGCUGCCAGUUUCUCAUUGGUCGUCAUCUCCUGCAUCAUGUGUAUCUGCGUCAUGUACAUAUACGGACACAAGAACUACUUCAAAGAUGUGGAGAUGAUGCUGGGCUUCCCCCCUCCCAUAUUCUUCAGGAUCUGCUGGAGAUUUGUUUCCCCUGUCAUCAUCAGCUUUAUCCUGAUCUUCACCGUCAUCCAGUACAAGCCAAUCACCUACAACGAUUACAUCUACCCAAACUGGUCCCUCAUCAUCGGGUUCUGCAUGGCCCUGUCCUCGGUCAUCUGCAUACCCAUCUACGCCCUCUACAAGAUCGCCAAUUCCGAAGGGUCCACGUUCCUAGAGCGGUUGAAGAGCUCCCUAAAGCCGGACCGGAGCUGGGGCCCGGCCCUCAUGGAGCACCGGAUAGGGCGGUACGCCCCCGCGGGGGCCCUGGGGCCCGACGGCGGUCUGGAGGCGCGAGCUCUGAAGGAGGAGCUGAAGGAGGAGGAGAAGGAGAAGCUGGAUGAGAUCAGCCUGACCAUCCAGGGCAGCAACGGCUCCACACACAACCCCAACCCCAGCCCCAACCCCAGCCCCAGCCCCAACCCCAACCCCAACCCCAGCGCGUAAACAGCCCGCUCCGCCCGGGCCUACACCCUUUCCCAGUGGGGGGAGAGACCAUUCUCGCAGGAGACCUUUACAUAUUGUAAGGGCUUAUUAUUUCUAACCUCUAGAAAAUUGGUCGUCAUCCAAAAUGUUUUAUUUGUCCACAUAAUUUAAUAAUGCAUUUUAUUAUUUUUUAUUUGUUUUCCUUUUCUUUCUUUUUUUUAAACAGAUUUUCUUUUUUUCAUAUGCAUGAAAAUCUACAAAAAAAAAUUAUGUUGCAUACACUGUCUGUACAAAUACACUGUAUUUGCAUACACUGUCUGUGACUAGUGAGCGGGGAGCAUUCAUUUCUCCAAACUGUACAAUAAAAACCAUCCAGAGGUGAUAGCAGGAACGCCACUUGUAACAGGCCAUUUGGGUGUAGAGACAGUGCUAGCUGGUUUAAAGCUGGAGACCAAAUGUUCUUUAGCAUCGACAACACCGACAUGUACAGAUAGCACCUCACUCAGCUGGUUUUUAUGUUAUUUUUUUCUACACCUAUGGUAUAGGAUGGAAUAGUGUUUGGCACCCUGUUCCGUAGUCUCGACUUAGACUGUUGUUCGAAAGCUGCUUUUAAAUUAUUGAGAACAGCAACUAAUGAGUCUAUCCGGAGCCAAGUGCUAUUUCGAUGUGUCCAGUUCAUCUGCUAUUUUUUUUCUUGUUCACACGUGUAGGAAAACGCAAUCAGCUUACCAUACCUUUGUCUGAAGCGCCCUCUAAUGGUGAAAUGGCUUCAUGACUGCUGUGGAUUUCAGUUGGAAAUGUGCUCUUUAAAAUGCCUGUUUUUUUUCUUUUCUUCCAUCGGCCGAUGGCUGGCGGAAUGGCUUUUAACAAGUUCCCACAUAUCCAGACACUGACUGUCAUCCCUAGCAUGUACACAGAUGUCUCCGAGUUAUACCGGUACAAAAGGAUAUUUGACUCCAGCUUUCUAAACAGCUCUCCUGAUUGGUUAAAGCACUUUUUCCCUCCAUGCCCAUUCUCAGGGUCCUAGCAGGUUUGCUUUGAGAACAUGAAAAAUCGCUUUGAUUUGGGGGGAGGGCGGGGUCUAUGAGAGGAGCCUAGACCAGUAGUAACCACGGAAACUAAAACUGUUAGCGGCUGCUCAGGUGCAAAUUCCGUUUGGUCUUCCAGACAUUUUCAUGUGAAAAGCAUCGUGAGAUGAGGUGUCUCAUUUGUGAAGGGAGCACUGGACUUGAUAACCGUAGGAAAUCGUUUACUUGUCUGCACACUAAGGAGACGAUGACCUCUCGUUUCGUAUUAUUAACUGCCCCAAGGCUGGGGGAAGAAGGCAUGUUUACCAAAAACACACAAACGCAUGCGUAGAUCGAUCUGCAGUACCUUUGGUGCCAUUGCGGGAGUAUGGGGUUUUGAUAAAUGUUUGUUUUUUGGGGUUUUUCUUUCCUUUUUUUUUUUUCAAAGGGGUAAAUUAUGCCUUUUGGCUGUUGCAGAGGAAAGUGUUAGCAUUUUAGCUCUUUUUUUCUGUAGCAUUGACGGUCGUAACCAGCCUGAAGGACACAGAACAGACGCAGAAUUGCUCAGUUGGCCAACCCCACCCCAGUUCCCAUCCCCAAGAAAGAAAUGCGGGGUUCUUAGCUCAACGAUAAACAGAGGUCAUUGUUGCAGGAUCAUGAAAUUCACACAUAGUUGUACGUACAAUAGUUUACAUUGUAGUGUUUUCAUUAUUGUAAAGUAACAUAGUAAAUAAUUAUAAAGAAAAAAUGUUUAUUUUGUAAAGAAACUACAGUAUCUUAAGUAAUAAGAGUAAUGUUUACCAUUCCUCAUUUGUGACUUGAUUUUUGUUGAAUUUUUUUGUGUUUUUUUUUUUUUGUGUUGGUUUUCUGGUACAGUGGGGCUGGGUGCUGAGGCAGUCAA